AUUAUUUCUUGAUCACACAAAGAGAUAAGAUUGUGAAGAAAAAAGGGUUCUUCUGUGUCUCACUAUCAAGAAAUCUUGAAGAUUCCGCCAAGAAUGGAGGAGGAGACAAACACAUGGAGGCAGGAGCUUACAAGUGUUGGUCGAUUGAGAGGAACCCUAAACGGCUGUGGGCAUCUAGAGCAAGAUUGGAGGAUAUUAGGGCUUGAAGAAAUUGUUGGGCAAGGAGGAGAAGGGUUUUGGGCUAAAGGAUCGGCAAGGAAUUCGAAUUCUGCGGUUUGGAGACACAGAGAGGGCAUAUUCCAGGGAGGUUGUAGCUCGUCGGAUCGUGCACGAGUCAUUUCAGGAUUUACUAGCUUUCAGCUUUUACGAGGUACUAGUGAGGACCGUGGGAAGGCGCCGGCGUGAUCGAUACACACUGAGGAAUGCUUUUAUGAUCUUGGGAUUUUGAAUAUUUAUAUUUGACAGAAUACUUAAACUAUUUAUGCCUUGUUUUGAAUGGAAAUAAUUAUAUUUUAAAAAUGAA